AUGUCGCAACAGCCUCUAAUCGACUCGUCAUGGCACCGUGCACCGGACGACACCUUCUCCGACCGCCCGCACCCACACACUCCGUUUGAUCCCUCGUCAUCGGCUUCUGGCGCUGUUUCCGAUGAUGGCGGAUCCGAUUGGUCGUAUUCAGACACCGAAGAGCUGGUGGUCCUCGAUCUGGGCGAGGAGCGCAUCGCUCGCCGCGCACUUCUAGGCUAUAGCGCUGGUCUGGACAUCGAAGCCGACAACGCACCCACCACAUCGCGUGCUGUCCGCGGCACCCGUGCCGGCGACAUUGACAAGCGCACCAAACGCGCCACUUCCUCCUCCACCACGUCGCGGCGCAGCGCCACCGGCCCACACUUAGGCGCUGGCAAGAUGCUCGCCAUCACCGGCCUGGACACCUCUCAUCCGCUGCUCAAGAUUGACGACACCGUCCUUCGCGGUCGACGCAUGGACAUGUUUGGUACCGAGAUCGUGCUGCAGGACCACUUCGACCCCACGCGCACGAGCGAGCAGCACAGACUCGAACCGCUUCCGCCAGUGGGGCGGGGGGAGCGGGCAACAACAAGAUCCUCGACGACGCGAACGCGUCUGGUAUUCCGACCGAUCUACGACCCCGAGCAGCGUGAGACCGCGAAUGACAAUGCCCACUACGCUGCGCUGCGCAACCUGGUGCAGAGCGACAAGCUUGUAGUCGAAACGGUGGCUGAGCAGGAACAGAGCAUGCUUGCGCGGCUGCAGGGGACGCCUGCACCAGCCGAGGCAGCCGAGGGCAGAGGCAAGAGGAAACCCAUCAGCGAGCCGGAACAGCUGAUUCGUGCCGCCGAACGUCAGGUGCGCAGAGCGGCUAAACUGCGCCAGCAGCAGCAACAACACGAGCAGUCGACCAAAGCACCAGCGGAUGCACCAACAGAUGCACCACCCGAUCCAUCGACGGCUCACCAGUCGUAG